UCAAUUCACAAAGAUAAACGUUAUCGCUUUCACCUAGUAGAUAAAUUACCGCCCCUUAUCUAACGCUAGUAACCAUGGUAUUCACGAAAGCUUCAAUCGUUAUUUAAUGUAGUCGUUAUGGUUGUCAACUGACUCGUUAUCCAAUCGUUAUGGUUACGUUUCUAACGUAAAUCUCAUUUAGAAGAACGGUAUUCUAACGAAUCAAUCGUUAAUUUAAUGUCCCAAAGCGUAAUAAUAACGUCUACGCUCGUUAAUUAACGCCGGAGAGAUGCAUUCUGGGAGCAGAAGAGGAGGAGAAUAGUUCAUCCUAACCACGUGUUUCCUCUGUAAUUGCGUCCUUUGACCCGGAUCUGGAAAAGUAAAUAAAAGAAAACACACCUGGAGCUCGAGCGCGUGGUGUGGGUGGAAAAAACAGCAGCAGCAGCAGCAGAAAACAUGAGGCCGAGUCUAAGAUCGCUGUUUGAGCAAAUUGUUAAUUCGCCCAUCGAACAGUCAGAAGAACAUUCAAGCUCCAAUGAGGAAAAUGACAAUAAUGGAUCUGUCAAGUCAGUGGGUCAUGUACCCGGAAAUCUAGCUGCUAUGGUGCGCACCCAAAAAAAAAAUAUGACGGUAGAUACUAAAGAUAAAUCACAGACAUCAUCGAAGCCUAAGAAACCUGAUUCCAAGGCACAGACCACUCCUCCUGGGAAUAUUAACUCACUUAAAAAACGAAAUAAAAGAAAAAAUUCAGAAAAGGAACGCAAAAAGGAGACACCGUCACCCAAGGAUGUGGGUCCAUCCAAAUUUACGGAAACAUUUGGGGAAUGUAUUAAGAUCAAAACUGCGUAUGAUACCGCACAAAAAUCAACAUCAGAAUCACAACAAAGACACAAAUCAACAAAAUCGACGCAAGAAGAUUACAAGCAAUCCAAAACAUACCCAAAAGCUAAGCACCAAAAGCAGCAGCCUGAGUUUGGUAAGAGCAAUUUCCACCAUCAAGACAAAUCUGAAUGUAGAGUUAGUAAAGCAAGCAAGUCCCAUCCAGAACCUAGACCACCCAUGGAAUCAUCUCAGCAAUCACUAUUCUCUACUGAAGUGCCAAAAAAGAUCUCCAAGCCAGCAAGGUCAGAUGUCAUCAUGUCAUCUAAUCCUGCCUCGCCAGUGUUAAUAGACGGAGAUGAAUUUUCGACAGAGAGUGAAUCUGAGAAUCCAGCAGUUCGUCCAGGCAAAAAAAUCCUUAAGGAAAAAAAGCGAAUCCGAAAUCGAAAAUUCACAUUCCAUGAAAACCUAGUCUUAAUUGAGAACCUUGUUCCACAUUUUCACAAGCUCCUUGGAAACAGAGCAGCUGCUACGGAGUCAGCAUGGAAAAACACAAUCUGGAAGCAAAUUGCAGAUGCAGUUACGAGUGUGGGUGUCUCUCCACGAUCAGCAGAUAACGUACGUAAGCGGUACCAGGACAUUCGGCUUCUACUAAGGCGCAAGAUUUCGGAUGAAAACAAGAGCAGGUAAUAACAGAGCUCAAAACUUCAACUCGUCCCCUUGCAAUUGAUGAAUGAAAAUUGUGUGUGGGUGAGUGGAAAUACAGGGUGUGAUCUUUAACCACUGUCCGUUUCCUCCACCCGCUUCUUGGAUAGUCACGGUAGGGGUUAGGUGGGGUGACUGGUGGGGUGACUGGUGACUGGUGGCGAGUUAGACACUCUUACCACCAGUAUGAAGAGUUACUGCGUCCAUACAUAGAUCUAGAUUCCAUUGUUGGCAUCAAGGCUGGUUUUGAUACCUCGAGGCACCAUGAAGACGGUGAGAAAUCCAAACAUUUAACAUGUUCUCAUAUACUUCCAUCUUGUAUCUUCAAGAUAACCAACUGGUGCACAAUUGUGUGUGUUUAAAUGUUUUUAAAAUGGUUUAAAUCUUUCUCAAAGUAAUUUUUUUUAAUAAAAAAUGUUGAUCGCCAGUAGCUAUCCGGUUAACCAUUUUGUUUUAAAUUUAUUUGGAAGAGGGUGCUGACAAAAGGCAGUUAGUGUCAGAAGCAGAAAUUGAAAGUGACCACUCUUUGAAUGCACAGCCGUCUGUCUACUUCCAGGUGGAGGAUGAUCCACCAAGCAACCCUGAGGAAUCAAUCACCCUUUUCCUAGAAGAAUCUAGUCAUGAAAAUGCUAGUAAUGUAAAUGCUUCUGAAGUAAUGCCAAACCCAACUGUGACCAACCAUAUAACUUUAGAUACACCCAUCCUGGGUACUCCUGAUGUGGUUGCUACUGAACCCCCAGAGUUAAGCAGACCUAGAGACAGGAGAACAAUUUGUAGGACACGAAACAUGGAUAGGGAACAGUACCAUUUUGAUAGAGAACAGAGUGAUAGAUUUCAUAGUGAACAACAAAAUUUUAGAGAACAGCUCAUGCAGAGCCUAAAUAGUAACAUAUGCAAAUCUAAUAUUCUCCUAGAGCAACAUAAUGCAGCUCAACACACCUAUCGCCAGCAGAAGCUCUCCUUUAUGGCCAAACUAACUGAACUCUUAGAAGCACAUCUGCCAUCUCCUGGUGAGCAAUCUCAUAAUGCUCGGAAUCUAACCAGCAGCAACCACAGCAGUUUUGUUUGUGAAAGUAUUAUCGAAAAUGAUGCUAUUGAUAAUUUUACUAUUCAGGAUAUUUAAAUGUUAUAAGAAGUACAAUUUUUUUUUUUUAAUACAUUUCACAUAAUUCACAACUGAGUUUGAAUUUAAAGAGCUUGCAAACAUUUGUUCUUUAAAUUUUUACUCAGCACGCAACAUUGUUAAGUCAUAUAUUGCCCAAAGUUGACUGCUAUAUAGAUGCUUUUUCCAGUUAAAUAUCUCAUUUGACCAUGUCGUUGCAGAUCUGUACCAAAUAUGUGUAAUCAACAUGACGUUUGUAUUUGAGUUUUAGAUGUUUCAAUGGCCAUCAUUGAUCAAGCUGGUUGGAUGACCAAUGAAACGUCUUUAGACAGUUAUGUAGCUUUGAUUUUAUUUUCAAUAGAUAUACAAUUAAUGUUAUAUGGGAUUUUUUCUAUGACAUUAUUGCCUCUGAAAACAUUUCAAAAAAGGUUGAGAAUUAUGUGAAAUCUAUUUUAAUCUAUCAAGCAUGUUCUAGUAUUCAUUACUGUUAUCAUUACGGUUUUCAUAAUUGUUUGUAUAUACACGUUGAAAUGCAAGUGCAACAAUAUUGUCAAAUAUUUGUUUUAACAUGUAUAUUUUUUGUUCAAAAGCAGAACCAUUUUUUUGUUGUAAGGCAAAAAAGUGGUAGGAUUGUUGAAAAGUAGAAGUGAACUAUCAAUAAUACUAGAGUUGAAGUUACAGAGUAGAGAUAUAAUUCAUCAGCACUACAUAAAAUCAUCAAUCAUAUUCGUUUAAUAGGAGAAUACAUCACAUAACAUCACGUCUACGCAUUUGAAACAGACACCCUUUGUCACAGCAGAAAAUGUGACAGGUUUGUCAUGCUUUUCUUCCGUCAGGAAGGCACACUAUUGGAUCUAAAUUUUUUUUUUUAUAUUUUAUCCACGUGGAUGUAAAUUAUUGAUAUUUUCACUCAAGUGCUUGGAUUUGUAUCUGUACUCUGUGACUAAAAUGCGCCAUCCAUUGUUGUUGUCACAGCAAGGACCAUGUUUCUCUGUGUGGUUUUCAAAAGUAAUGUGUAUUUUCUCCUAUGAAGAAUAAAGCAAAGUAGCUGAUAAUUGCAA